AUGACCCAGUUUGAAAACUCCCAAAUGAGCAAGAUAAGUAGUUUCAACCUCACAGACUCAGACAGUAAUAUUGUCUGAGCCAAGGUUGGCUUCUCUUCCAAUGUAUUCUGUGCUGCAGACGACCAGAAGAGAAUAAUGCUGUGGAAGAUACACAAGAAAACUCCGAAAAUGACCUUGACCGGUUCUCCCUCUGAUAUUCAAUGCGUCAGCUUCAGUAGUGACAACAAGCAGGUAUUUGCAGGAACAGAUGGAGGAACGAUAUAUGGAUGGGACCUUUCUUCGACAAAGUAUUCAGUAAAAUUACAAGGGCACAAAACAACCUGAAACUUCGUUGAAGUAAGCCAAGAAAUCGGCGAUGAGCACCUCCUACUCACAGGUUCAGGUGAUUGCAGUGUGAAAAUCUGGGAUCUUAGAACAGGAAAAGCCUCACAGACAUUACGUAGUCACACUAAAUCGGUUAACUGUGCUAAAUUCUCUCCUGAUAGUAACUGGGUGUCUUCUGGAGGAGAUGAUGGAAAUACAUACAUCACAGAUUUGAGAACUGAGAAAGUGGUCUACUGAUUCGAAGAGCCUCAUCAAAAAGUGACAAGUGUUCUCUUCAAUCCCAAGACUUAUACCAUGACAACAGGGUGAGCUGGGAGAUGAAUUAAUUAUUAUGAUUUGGAAAGCUUCCAGAUCAUUAACACAAUGACCUUCAACACCUCCCCGAUAAAAUCAAUCGAAUUUUACAACAAAGAUGAGUUUGAAAUGGUUGAAUGGGGAUUCUUUGGAUCAGAUGACUAUAUAAGAAUGGUGAACUGAGAAAGAAAUAUCCAAAGUAAUAUCUACUCUGUCCCUCACGAUACCCUUUGAGAUUUGAAAGUAGACUACAAAAAUGAACUUCUCACCUGCCUUUGCACCUAUCAAAGCGAUAUGGUUUUCUGGGGAGUUAACCUUCCAAGAAUCCCUGACGAAGAGGUUGAUAUGGAAGUUGAUCAAGUACCGUCAAAGCACGGCUAUUCGCCUGACAAGAACAUGGAGGGAAGAUCUCCAGCCUCAAUGACUCCAUUUGAAGAAUUAAAGAUGAGUGAUGAUUUCAUGAGAAAGGCAGUUGUAGAACAAAAUGAAGGCGAAAGGUCUUCUAAAUCAAGACAUGUAGUGCCUCAGCCAAAGGGAGAUAGUUUUGAUAAAUCAUCAAUUUCCCAAGCAAGUGGGUUAGACAGAACUACUUUCAAGCCUAAUACCGACUCUUCCCCUGCAGAUUUAGACUUUGAUGAAUUCAUUUCUAAACCUUCCUCUGAAGAUAUUGAGUUUAUUGAGAAGAUUCAAGACAAACAUUUCCAUUUCGUGGACACUUUGAAGCAAAGAAAUCAGAAAUUACAAAAUAUCUUAUCUCUAUACAACCCAUAUAAGAGCGUAAAUAUGACGCUGAAUGCUCUAGGACAAAUGAACGAUAUUGGAGUCUCAAAUGAUGUUUGAGCUGCUCUUUUCACCGAAGGAAAGUUUGUAGAAGCUCUAUCUAUAAAACAGUGCGUGAAUGCUUUACCUCAUUGCGAGAAUCUAUUCAACGGAAAACAUGAAAACCACGUUGUCACAGGAGCUCAGAGCAUCCACAGAAUCCUGAAGCAUAUUGGACAAGAGAUUAUUACCAUCAGAAAUACUCCAAUUGGAAGAGGAGUUGACCUUGAAAGAGAAGAAAGAGUCCAGCAAUGUGAUGAACUACUAAACAUGUUCUUAGCCAUAUUUAAAGGAUCAACAAUCAAAAAGAGAAGCAAGUAUAAAGGAAAUAUCGGAAGGGUUUCCAAAUCUCUCUAUGAAGAGCUCUAUAAAUUCCUUGCUCUUUCUGAUAAGAACGGUGGAAGAGGCAGAGAACCAGAAUUAGCAUAA